UACUGGCAGAUACAGAUACCCUAGAUAUGCGCUAUUUUAUUUGCAUGAUGCAAAAGUGAAAAUUAAAUUUUUUACUAGUUCAAUUUUGCUUCGCAUUCGUUGAUGUUGAAUUCUACAUCUUGUUUUUCGAGCCUGUUGCUGGAUGCUUCAAAGAAGAAAGCUUGCAGCCCCUUCCAAUUGAAAUGGCAAUGGUACACCGCUUCUCGAUUUUAUUUGUAUUUAACGUUUUUUGUUCAGGUACUACUAACUCGGAAGAUGAUCGUCUAUUGUUCACGAUCCCAAGCAAUCCUGAAAUAUCUCAAUUAUUGCAACCGAUUCAAUAUGCAAUGUACGAAACAAUUGUACAAAAAUUGGACCUUGACGCUCCAAAAAAAGAAACAUUAGAGCUGAUUAUUAGAGCCACUACUGCGGAAACAAUCUUGCAGAUAUCAAAUAAAAUUUCGGCUAUAAAUACUUCUCACGCCUUGGAAAUUGGUGCUUUGAACGCUGCUCACGCCGGCGCAUUAAAAGAUUUAAAUACUUUAUACACGGGCCAGCUGAAAGGUGUAAAUGAUACCUGUAAUGAGUUAAAGGACUACGCAAAAGAAGUUACUUGCGCGAAAAGGUUAAGAUAUGAGACCGAAAUUUUCAAGAAUACUGGAUUUAAUACUGCUGAAAUUUCAACUCAGCAAGGCAAAAUUCAUAAAGAAAUACAGAAAAUGAUGGGCCAACGAUACAACAAUUUUUCAGAAAGUAUGGGGUUUUUUCAUUCAAUUUCGUGUAAAUAUGAAAUCGGUGAAACGAAAACGAUUACAAUAGAGGCGUCCGAUUUCAAACUCCUUAUGAGAGCCGUGGAGAUACUACAAUUUACGGAACUCGAAGUUCCCGAGAUGAUUUCUACAACACCCACGACUACGGAGAUGACAUCAACUGAGCUUGAAUAUCAGAACAUUCAGAACAUAAAAGAAGCGUGUAUAAGUUUGUACCAACAAAGUACAGAGGGUAUAAGCGAUACUUUUAUAAAGCAAAUACCGCUCUGGCAAGGGCUCGAUGACGACUUCAAACGUAUGGUGGCUCUCAAAAUGACCUCUGAAAUUCCAAAAAAGAUAAUCACAGACCGUUUUCAAAAGGAGCAAGCGCACAAACAGCUGUACGUCGAUCAGUUGAUAAAAUCCGGUACAAUUUGGAGCAUUUACGCAGAUAUACUAGACCAGAAAAACAAAGAAUGUUUGGGAGUUUUCUAUUUUACACCAGCUGAACGAACUCGUAAAAUAAGAGAUUUGUUAAAAAAGAAGUGGAAAAUGGACGAGUCAAAAUGUAUUGACCUUUUCUGCAUCGAAUUCAGCAGAAUUCACGAAGCUGUAAGUAGUGAAUUUCACGGCCAGCGUGUAUUACAGUGCCCAAAAGGUUGCCAACCAUCGACGGAAGAGUUCAGAGAGUAUAUAGGAAACCUUUCUUCCAAACUUAACAGUAACCAUGUUAUCUUAGUUGCUGAAAUUCUGAACGGCAAAACAGAGGAAGAUCCUGCGUCUACGCCUAAAAAUUGAAGAGUGCGGUAAUAGGGGUCAAAUGUGGUUUUUCCCACCUUAAUCAGAGUGGGGAUGACCUAGGAAACUGAAAUUUGGAUAUGUUUAUCACAAUAAGAGUACUGACCAACGGUAUAAUUUUGGACUCUUUUCAUCUUUUUGGGGUCAUAUUAUUAUGCCCCUCCAAAAAGAUGACCUUUCUGUAAAAAUGCGGUUGGAAGGUUUAAACAUGCAAAAGGCACUUCGGGUACAUCCUCCCAUUGUACUGUGAAAAUUUGGACCCUCUAGGUCAAUUUGGAGGGGCUGUAGGCUUGGCUAAACGUCAAAAAACACGCAAAAAUCCACUCUUUUGACCCUGGAGAGGGGUCAAAUGGGGUUGGAAGGUUGAAACCUGCAAAAAGCACUCAAGGGGCACUCUCUCAUUGUAUGCUGAAAAUUUGGACUCCUAAGGUCAAUUUUAGGGGCGAGGGGGUCAAAAAUAGGGGUAAAAUGUGGUUUUUCUCACUUAAAAUGUUGAUCACAAUGGAGGUAUUGACCUACGGUAUGAUUUUGGACCUUUUUCGUUCAUCCAAAAAAAUGACCUUUCUGUAAUUUUGAACUUUGACCCUCCCCACUGCAGGGGUCAACUCUAGCUCCCAAAAGAACCCUAUUGUCCAAGUUUUAUCCCAUUUCAUUCAUUAGAACGUCUCUUGAUUUAAAAAGUAAAAAAUUCAAGUUUCUGUGAAACUUCAAUAUAAAUAAAUAAAUAAAUAUUUAUAUAAAUAUAGAUUUAAACUUAGUCAUUGUGGUGCCUGUUUUAAGUAUACGUAGUCAUUGUGGUGCCCGGUUUUGGGCUUGUGGCGCCCAAAUCGGGCACCACAAGGUCUUUUUAUAUAAAACGAUGUAGAAUUUGAUGAAAUGCACUCUAAGGUGAAAAAAAAAAUUUUGAGGCAGGCACCACAAGUACCAAGUUUAUAUAACGGGCACCACUAUGACUAAAAACCUUUAAAAAAAUAAACGGCUCCAAAACACCUUUAUCAUACAUAUAUAUAUGAUCCUCUAUGUACGCGGGCACCACAAUUACCAUAAAAGACCCGGGCACCACAAGGUACUAGGUACGUGUAUUCAUACAUACAUGUAAAAACCAUACAUUACGAGAUCCGUUUUAUAUAAAAUCGGGCAUUGCGAGAUCCUGAGAUCCUUUUGCCGGAUCUCGCAAGUUCUCUCAUAUGCCAUGGUACUCGUGAGAUCCGGGGGACCCUGUACACACAUUUUCAGCCGGAUCUCGUUUUGCCUACUAUUCAUAUACUUAUAUACAAUUUUUGAAAAUAGAUAAACGACGCAUCUUGCGAGAUCCACCCUCAAAUCAGGUUUAGGCCAUUGGUGGAUCUCGGUUUAUGCGGAUCGCGAAAUUGAUGGCGGCAAUGCAUAGAAAGGCACUGUUUACACACUGGAACAUGCGUUCGAACGAAGUUGUAGGGUUAUUAUUUGAGUUUUUAGCAUUUUUCGAAAUUUUUUGGGGUGGAUCUCGCAAUGCCUGUGUAUAUGUCGGAUCUCGCAAUGUACUAUAAGACAGUAUAUGUAUAGAUUGCCCCCAUACAUUACGCAGCCCAUGACAUUUCACUGACUUUUUGCGGACCGACGUUUGGUUUGCACUAGCAGGGCCGCGCUUGAUUUUUUCCAUGUGUUCUCAAAGCAGCUCACUGCUGGGCCAUGAAAAGAAGGUAUAUACUCGAUCAGAUUGGAGAAAGACUUAUAUUUAAGCUUGUAAUUCAAUUUUCAAUUUUUAAGGAGGGCUCCCCACUCAAGUGUAUGUUUUUUAGAUAUUCCCCAGACUUUUUCCGCCAUCAAAAAAAUGUUUUCAUUCGCUUCCAGGGAGGUGAGGAACUCGAAUAGCUCGUGCAUGUAGCGCUAAGUUCAUAAAAUCGAAUAAUGCAGGUCUUUAGUAGUACUCUGCCUCAUAUACACAGUACACACUGCGUUGGCUUGUUUUGAAUGUCUGUAGCGAUUGAAAACUGAAUAGACUUUUUGCAGCCCGGCACUGGGCUGCAAAAAGUCCAGAUGGGCCGCAAAAAGUCUGAGGUUUAUCUAGUAUGGGCUGCGUAAUACCACUUUUCAUGUGUAUAUAUAUACAUAUAAAAAGUGACACACCGGGAAUCGUCUAGUUUGAGCUUAAAACGUUGAGAACUAUCAAAAUUUUUCAUCCCCGACCUUUUUAUCCAAAGUUGGGCCUACCGCAAUAGCCAUCAUUUUUUACAAAAAUUUGGCUAAAAAGGCGUUUGUAGGAGGUAAUUGGACACAGGCGAAGCGCAGGAGCGAAGCGAGAGUGCGAGUAGUUCAAGCGAAGCGCAGAACAUGAAAAAAACACGUGUAGGAGGUAGUUGGGCAAAGCCCAAGGGGGUCCCAAACACAGGCGAAGGACAGGAGCGAAGCGAGGGUGCGAGUAGUUCAAGUGCCCUCAAUGUUUCUGGCACAAAAAUUUGGCUCUUACAUAGCGGCAGACUGCAACGACUUUUUUUUUUUAAUAAAAAAAAUCCAAGUUUUAAUGUGGCCAAAUAGGCUUGAAUAAACAAGCUAGAAAUUUCAAACCUUUAAAAUUUAUUGAGAUCUGAGAUAUACUCCACAGCUCUUCCCAACUACCUAGGUACUUUCAAUUUUUCAAAUCUUAUUUAGAAUUCCGUUAACCUUCAAAAGCCGAAACAAUUCAAAAAAUUGCAUACAGUGCAGUGGUUCCAAUAAUGCCUAAGUACCUAUGGUAUUAUUUUUAAACGCAGUUUUUUUAAAAAACGAAAAUGACCCACCUUGUUUAGAAAAAUUUUGAAUUCGAAAGAUCCCGAAUAAAAUGAUCGGAAUCAGGAAUCAGGAACCGGGAUCAGAGUUCCGAGGUUUAAGUUCAAGAGAUCGCGGGUUCUGUUUCAGUUCAAAUUUAUCGAAAAUACAUAAGGAACGAGAUCUUUCGAGGCCAGUUGACGAAUUAAUCGAUUUAUCUGCGAGGAAUCUAAUCGCUCAAAAUGUCUAAGUAGGGGGUCUUUCGAUGGGAGGGAUCAGAUCAGUGGCGUAGCCAAGGGGGGGCGAAGGGGGCCAUGCCCCCCCUUUGCGAGCGAAAAGUUGAAAGAAAACAUGCAAAAAUGGACGUUUUUUGUUGUUUCGACCCAUUUUUUCUAAAAAUUUUCGCUCUCGCUUCGCUCGAGCAGUAAUUUUGCCUUCAUUUUCAUAAUAUCAUCACACAUCACGAUAUAUUUCCAGAAAAUUACCCCUCAUUUCGAUUUUUUUAUGCCUAAAAAUCUGGUUUUGCCCCCUCCUUGAGAAAAUCUUGGCUACGCCACUGGAUCAGAUUCCGAUGUUAUUUUCAUCGUUCGCGUUGGAUUAAUAUUUAACAGUGAACAGCUUUAUUCAUCUAGUGGAAGCUAUUUUCACUCAAUUUCAGCCUGCUAAUCACGAAUUUGGCUUUUUAUUGUACAACUUGGUGAAUUAUUGUUUAUUUACGAUAGAUCAGCUUUGAGUAGGUAAUUUUUUUUCUUGGAAAAAUUGUCUGUUAUUAUAUGUUGCCUCAAUAAAAAUGGUGGAGAUCCUUUUCCAGGCCUGACUUAGCGGACUGAUGAACAAACAUGACGUAAAAUUUGAACUCUUAGGAGUUCUACUGAGCGUUUGAAAAUUUGCUGACCCAUAUACUUAGGUACUUAUCCCUUCAAGGAGCACCUCCCGAGCUAGAAAUUUUCCGGAGUGACUUUCAACUCAAAAUGAAGGUCUCUACGCGCCAUGAUAAUACGCUCACUUUAAAAAUUGUCUCAAAAUCUAAAAAAAUAUAAAAUUGAAAAAAAAAAUGAAAUCAACAAACCAACACGUUUUAUCAACAAUUUUAUUAUGAAACGCAGUACAAAUAGCAUCGCAUACUAAAGGCUACAAACUGCUUGAAUAGCCUCUAAAGACGUACAAACAAUUACGCUUUAUUUUUAAUUUUUUUUCUUUUUUUUUUCGUAGUAAAACAAACAUCUUUAAUAUUAUUUUUUAUCUAGGACGCUUUUUAUAAAAACGGAAUAGAACACACAUAGAACUGAUAGAUGCGACACAUAAAGCUUUUACAAAAGACUUUUUACAUUUUUUUUUCUUUAAUUUUUAAUACGACUAUAUAGGUAGGUAAUAUAGGUAUGUUUUGACAGUAUGAAAAUGAAGAUGAGAUGAUACAGAAUGAUCAGUGUUUCUUUUUAGAAAUCUCAAAAUUACACAGUUUACAGAUGAAUAUUAUGUACGAGUACGUAUAGUAAUAAUAUAAAUUUGUAGGUAGGUAUGCGAUGGAGUAGGUAGGUAGGUAUAUAGUUGAACAGAAGAUAUGUAAACAGGUAGGUAGAUAUGUAUAGGAAAAGGAUCAAGUACAUACAGGUGGGUAAACCCAUGUCUUGUGUAUUUAAAAUAUAUGUAAAUUGUAAUGAUAUGUAUAUUAUUAUAGUAUUUAUAUAAGAUGGUGGAUAAGUAAAUUCAAUACUGACAUACUUUGAUAGUACAUAGUACAUACAAUACAUCUCAAAAAUCUUUAUAAUCGUGUAAGUACAUUUGACAAUACAAAAAGUUCGUUAUCUACCCUGUAGAAAAUAAAAUACGUAGGCAAAUGGCCUAUAGAAAUAUCUUUGUUGAAAUUUAUACAGGGUGUCCUGCGUGAUGAAGAGUUGUGAAAUUCACUCGGUAAUGCAGCAAUUCAUUACGUAUUUUCAAACUCCAGCAACCUAAUCGACGCCAUUGCGGUUUGGGUUGCCACAAUACCAGACGAUUUAUUCAACAUUUCACCAACAGAACACACCGAAUACAUAAAAUGUAGAAACCAAUUCCAUAAUCUACGAUUUUUUUUUUAAAAUUAAAUUUCUAUACUUCCAAAUCUGCAAAAGGUACCGUAGUAAUUAGUAAAAGUAGAGAGGAGAAUCACUGUUUUGAUAUGUUCAGGUAUUUAAUAAUUUGGAAAUAAUUCUAAAUGGCUCGGAUGACCCGAGCUAAUUGUGUUAAAAAAUAAAAUAUAUAUGAAAGAUUGUCUAUCAUGUUCCCUUGAAAUGCUAAAGUCAUCCUGAAUUUUUUUUUCAUCAUAAAAUCCUACAUAGAAAUAAAAUACAAAUAAAAAAAAAAAAAAGAAAAAGAAAACAUGGGUACUUAUAUGUAUAAGUAUAAGUAAAAUGAUUUUUUUUUUGGUUGGCAUUUUGAGUAAAUUCUCUCGAUAUGUAUCAAUGAUAUGUCUGGGUUUUUAUCAUAAUUUUUUCGAUUAAUUCGUCGUCAUUAUCGAAUCGAUAGGUACACAUAAAAGAUAUACAUAAUCAAAGCUUAUCAUGUAAAAAAAAUAAACGAAAAAAAAAACACAUCCAUCGAAGAUAUGCAACCUGGAUGAAAAACUUUAACAAAUCUAUUUAUUUACUAACAUCACAUCUUCUUUUGGAAUAAUUACAAAAAUCGUAUACAUUCUCCAAAAGUCUAACCUAUAUAAACAUUGAAACUUAAAUUACUUUUUCCAGGUUCAUAUCGUCGAUAGAACUGAUAUUUCUCUCUUAGAAAAAAAAAAAUUAUAACGAAAAAAAAACCACCAUCAUUAAACUUUUUCAAAUGAAAAGCAUCGUCGUCGUAUGUCAAUUCUAGUACCAUCUUGCAUCCGGCAAAUCAUUAUAAAACGAAUAUAGCGUAGAAUCGAAAGUCGUAUCAUUAACAAGUCUUAUGCAAAUGCAAAUUCGAGUGCUCGAGUAUAAUGAAUAAUGACGCAGAAGAAAUACACGGUAUGGUACAAAUUUACCUCUCAACAACUUCGAAUCUUACGAUUUGCAAUUUUUUUUUUUCGAGAUACCGAAACCAUCGUCAUAGUUAGAGCGAGCAAUUAUUCCUCAAAAUAAUGCUCGUACGUCAUUCACCAACAACUCAACAAGAUAUAGGAAGAGACAGAAAGAGAGAAAGGAAUGGUUUCGAUUUGCUGAGCAAAACAAUGGCUGGAAUAUUAUAUCUAAGGAAAAAAAAUUACACGAGGAAUACAGAGAGAGAGAGAGAGAAAGAGAAAUACAGCAGUGAUCUGCGAAAAAACAUUGUAAAUUAUUGUACGGUACCGUGUACUAGAAUUUUCAUUAUUUCGAAAAACAGAACAGAAAACAUAUUGAGUAAAUAUUAAAAAGUAAAAAAAAAAAAAAAAAAAAAAAAAAAAAGGAAAUAACAAA